AGAAAGUCUUUCAUUUCCUUCUGUGUUUCUCUACAGCGCGAACACAGGCAGAGGAAGAGCAGGGAUCCACCUGAAGCUCCCCACGUCUGUCUGUCCUCUGGGAAUAAUAUCACUCCACACGCACUGAAGAACGACAAAAAUGCUUUUCCGAAGGAAGAACUCCGCGCGGUCCGUUACUUUGUUUACACUUGCUGCUUGCAUGGUUCUCACAGGUGCUCAGCAUGAACCAGGCUUCUGCGCAAUGUAUGAGGACUGUGGUCUAAACCCUGCGGUAGAGGGGGCUCUUAUCCCCCCGAGAGUUCCCUGUAAGGACUACAGAAGAGCAGUGAAUGUGACGGGAGACCACUAUGAGCUUCUGAAAUCUGUAUGUCCAAUGCUGGCCAAUGGCGAUGGCCAAACAUUUGCCUGCUGCUCCAUCAGGCAACUCACAGCUUUGCAAAACAGCCUGUCGCUCUCCAAAGCCGUUCUGAUCCGCUGCCCGUCCUGUGCCGACAACUUUGCGUAUCUCCACUGCGCAACGACUUGUAGUCCUGACCAAAGCCAGAUAUUAAAGGUCACCAAAACGGCCAACAUCACGCAACCCACAGGCAUUGUGAAAGAAGCCGUGGUGGGUUACGCAGCAUAUAUAUCCACGAACUUCUCCGAUGCCUCCUUUGACUCCUGCAAAAAUGUACGAAUUCCAUCUACCGGAGGGUUUGCCAUUGCCACGAUGUGCGGCCGAUAUGGUGCAGCACUCUGUACGCCACAGCGCUGGUAUGAUUUCCAGGGCGACUCCAGCAAUGGAUUGGCUCCACUGGAUAUUGACUUCAAGCUUUUGCAGGACGAUGAGACCUCUGAAGUCCCAGCAGGAGCAUUUGCAUUUGCAGGACAAGCAUUAAAAUGUAAUGAAGUCACACCUACCGGUGGUGAGGCCUGUUCCUGUCAGGACUGCGUUCAAUCCUGUCCGGUGGUGCCAGAACCACCGCCUUUGCCAAAACCAUUCAUGAUUGGCAACCUUGAUGGGGUGCUUGUUAUCUGCCUCACAGUCUUCUCUUGCUUCCUUUUUCUCUUUCUGUGUUAUGUGAUUACCGAGUGCACCACUUACUACAUGAAGUCGAGGAAAGGUCGGAAGGGGAAAGAGACCAAGGAUCAAAACGCAAAUGAGAUCAAAUUUAAAAUCAGCCCUAAAGAUGUUUCGUGCUCUGACAAAGCCAGUCUUGCCACUCAGGACUUCCUAGGGUCUCUUUUCCGGUCCUGGGGGACCUUAAUGGCACGGUAUCCCUACAUAGUGCUUCCAGUCUGCCUUGUGAUUGUGCUGGUGUUUGCGGUGGGAAUAAAGGACAUAGAACUGACCACAGAUCCUGUUCAGCUCUGGUCGGCACCUGAAAGUCGGGCCAUGCGGGAGAAGGCCUUCCACGAUGCUCAUUUUGAUCCAUUUUACCGCACCAAUCAGCUGAUCUUGACAGCUCCAGGCCGGCCCAGCCACUUCUAUGACUCCUUACUCUUUGGCAAACAGAACUUCAGUGGCAUCAUCUCUAAAGAUUUGAUCAUAGAGCUGUUGGAACUUCAGCAGAGCAUCCAGGCAAUCGAGUUCUGGUCAGAUGAACUAAACCGUACCGCCAGCCUUAAGGAUGUUUGCUAUGCACCGCUCAAUCCAGACAACCCCUCUUUAACCGACUGCGCUGUCAACAGUCUGCCGCAGUACUUCCAAAAUAGUAUUGACAACCUGAAUGCCAAAGUGAACAUGACAGAGCUUGGUGUGACUAAGGAAGUGGAUUGGCGCGACCAUUUCAUCUACUGUGUUAACUCCCCGUUAUCAUUUAAAGACAUCACAGCUCUCGGCAUGAGUUGUAUGUCCGACUACGGAGGCCCUGUGUUCCCCUUCCUGGCUGUCGGAGGAUAUGAUAAUGAAGAUUACACCACUGCUGAGGCCCUGAUCCUCACUUUUUCCCUGAACAACUAUGCACGAACCGACAUUAAAUUUAAGGUGGUUGAAGAGUGGGAAAACAGGUUUCUUAAAAUCGUCCAGGAGUAUCAGAAAAACUCAACUACAAACUUCACAUUUGCUUACAUGGCUGAGAGGUCUUUGGAGGAUGAGAUUAACAGAACAACAGCGGAGGAUAUCCCCAUAUUCAUGAUAAGCUAUGCUGUCAUCUUCCUCUACAUCGCCGUGGCUCUUGGGGAAUAUUCAUCCUGCAAGCGUAUCCUGGUAGACUCCAAGUUCCUGGUGGGCCUGGGUGGAAUUCUGGUGGUCGGCUGCUCUGUCAUAGCCUCAAUGGGUUUCUAUGCCUGGAUUGGUGUGGCGUCCUCACUGGUCAUUCUGCAAGUGGUGCCCUUCCUUGUACUGGCUGUGGGAGCUGAUAACAUCUUCAUUUUUGUUCUGGAGUAUCAGAGAGAUGUGCGCAGACCAGGAGAGCAGCUGGAGCAACAGAUCGGCAGAGUUCUCGGAAACGUGGCUCCUAGCAUGCUGCUCUGCAGUUUGUCUGAAUCUGUUUGUUUCUUCCUAGGAGCAUUGAGCACGAUGCCAGCGGUGAAGUCUUUCGCUCUGUACGCUGCAUUGGCUGUGCUGAUGGACUUUGUUCUUCAGAUGACUGCCUUUGUGGCUCUGCUUUCUCUGGACGCUCGCCGUCAGGACUCAAACCGCUGUGAGAUUGCCUGCUGCGUGACUGUGGACACUCCACGACCGCAAAAACCCAACGAGGGCAUCCUGUUGCCGCUCAUGAGGAAAUACUACGCUCCGUUCCUCCUCAACUCUUUCAGCAGAGUAGUAGUGAUGGUGUUGUUCCUGGUGAUGUUCUUUGGUUCUGUGUUCCUCAUGUUCCAUGUUAAAGUGGGCUUGAAUCAGGAACUGGCCAUGCCAACUGACUCCUACAUGCUGGACUACUUUGCAUACCUGUUUAAGUAUUUUGAGGUUGGUGUGCCCACGUAUUUCAUCACAACCAGAGGCUUCAACUUCAACAGCGAGGAGGGCAUUAAUGCAGUGUGUUCCAGUGUGGGAUGUGACCAGUUCUCUAUGACCCAGAAGAUCCGCUAUGCUACUGAAUAUCCUGAGCGAUCUUAUCUAGCUAUCCCAGCAUCCUCUUGGGUGGAUGACUAUAUUGACUGGCUGAACCCUGGAUCCAGAUGCUGUCGCCUCUACACACUUGGUCCAAACAAAGAUGAAUUUUGUCCUGCCAAUGAGACCGGUCUCAUUACCUGUCUCAAGAAGUGUAUGAGCAAACCUGAAAAUGGGGUCCUGCGGCCUAAUGUUUCAGAAUUCAACAGAUUCCUGCCAGAUUUUCUUAGCAACAGACCUGACCUACAGUGUCCAAAAGGUGGUUUGGGAGCCUAUGAUAAAGCUGUGAUUAGAGACAAUGAAACUGGGGAAAUAAUAGCCUCUCGGUUCAUGGCCUAUCACACUCCUCUGGUGAAUUCGCAGGAGUACACAGGAGCGCUGCAGAAAGCCAGAGAACUGGCCCAUAACAUCACCAUGGCCAUGAGGGAAAUCAACGACACCUCUCCAGACUUUGAGGUCUUCCCUUACACUGUGACGUAUGUGUAUUACGAGCAGUACCUGAACAUUGUGAAUGAGGGUUUGUUCAACAUCGCCGUGUGUUUGCUGCCCACAUUUGUGGUGUGUUGUAUUCUGCUCGGCAUGGACCUGAGAUCCGGCUUUCUGAACCUACUCACUAUAGUGAUGAUCACUGUGGACACGGUUGGUGUCAUGACCUUAUGGGGCAUCGACUUCAACGCCGUGUCACUUAUUAACCUGGUGACGGCUGUUGGUAUAUCAGUGGAGUUUGUGUCUCAUACAACACGCUCGUUUGCUCUAAGCGUUCGCCCUACAAAGGUGGAGAGAGCAAAGGAAGCCACAGCUAACAUGGGCAGUGCGGUGUUUGCAGGUGUUGCGAUGACCAAUCUGCCUGGAAUUGUUGUUUUGGCAUUUGCUAAAGCUCAGCUCAUCCAGAUCUUCUUCUUCAGACUCAAUCUGGUCAUCACUCUUCUCGGCAUGGCCCACGGCCUCAUUUUUCUGCCUGUGCUGCUCAGUUACUUUGGUCCUGGAGUGAACAAUGCACUUCUGCUGCAGAUUCAAGAAGAACAAGAAAAAGAGAUGGAGCUGAACAGUAAAGCUACAUAUGACAAUGUUUGCUUCGAAAACUAUGAAAAGUCCAACGGCGAAAUCCACGUACAGCCUGCAAGUUUGCCUGAAAACCAUCAAAAGUCCAACGGUGAAAUCCACGAAGAGCCUGCAAGUUUGCCUGAAAACCAUGAAAAGUCCAACGGCCAAAUCCCUGUAGAGCCUUCAAGUUUCCCUGUAGAGCCUUCGAGUCCUCCUGAAGAGCCGUCAGUCCCAAUAAAGGCAGUGAUUAUGCCUGAAACCACCCAAAUGCCCACCGAAUGGGAUAUCUCCAUGUUAUAGCCUUAAAACUUUCUUCCAGUUCAUUUACCUCAAUCAUUACACUGAAUUGGCAGUCAUGAUUGCCACUACUGUAAAUGCAUGCGAGUCUCUAAGGGAAAUAAAACAGCUAAUCACGUCAUCGAUGAAACGCCGUAAGCAGAAUGUGAUCCUGCUCUGUCAGCUCUAUGCGUUUCACAUGGACUUCUCUGAUAGCGUUGCGUUACUGCUGUUCUGAAGAUGAGAGAUAUUGAGCUUGUCGAUCUUUCACCAUCAUUCGUACCGGUGAUUAUCUUGCCCAGGUCAAACCUGAGUCAAAGUGAUAAGAGAUACAAGCUGACUCCACCAUUUCACAAUGAAGGAAAUCAGUACAGUAGCACAGAAUGGUUUGACUUUUUUUUUUAUGGUGUAAUAUUUGUUAUUUAAUUCUGUCGUUAAGGUUUCACAUGAUUGAAAUGGUCUUGUUCAUGACGGAAACACUUACAGCCUUGGAAACAGGAAACUGCAACUAAAACACUCCAGUAUAGAGAGAGUAUUAUCAUUAGCAUUGCUAUGUAUUAAAUGCACUGUGUGUAUUUCUAUGUUGUGUAAAACAAACCGCAUUGAAUGUUCAUUACAUUUCAGCUUUUGUGUUUAAAGUUUACCAUUUACUGUUGAAGGAGCCAUCCAGCACUUUUACAAUUUCUCUUCCAAUGAUUGUUGGGAAAACACUUUCAGAGGCAAUCAAGGAAACACUUUUUAUAUGUAAAAAUAAAUGUUUUAAGGAUAUUUAUUGUGGAAUAACUGUAAUGAAUUCACACUGUUAUACAUUCAAUGGAAAUAGUGUUUUAUUUUUGUUAAGGGCAAUUUUAUGGAUGAAAUAAAAAAAUAAUUAUAA